CGGGUAAAUUACUUACUGUAUGCGUUCAAAAAUCUGUCCAUCCAAAUUCACGUUUGAACGGUUUCCUGCUGCACCAUUCUGAAUGGAUGUGCUUGUCACGCAGCCCUUCUGAUCAAACCGUGCUGUGGUACAUGCUAUGUUGUAUUGCCUUCAGUCACCUGUACGAACAACAAACCUCUGGGCAUAACCAGGAGUAGCAGUGUGGGACGUGUCUGAAGAUCAAACGGGCUAGCACAAGUUUCGACAGUUCUAGUGAGAGGAUGAGAGAAGCGCUGCUUCCAAUCCUCGCAGAUGGGGGUGCGUGCUUAGUUGCCCGCACACAACUGGGAAACCAGACACUUCUAAAGACUCAACCGUUUAUCCAAACAACGACAUUGAAGGUGAAAUGUUUUGUUUGUAGAGGUUGAUAUUUCGUCUAUGUUCACAAUGUUACCCGCGAAAUAUCGUUGUGUCCUAGUUUUUUUCACAAGUUUCUGGUUUUACGCAACUCUUUCCCACGGGAGCGGAUUUAAACAUUCAACUAUCUUGGACCCUCAUGGGAAGUAUCAUCUUAAGUGGAGGUUUGACCAGAGAUCGAUUACAUUUGAAAUAGAAGUAGAAACGAAAGGAUAUAUAGGGUUUGGUCUAUCUCCCAACGGUGCCAUGGCGUUGUCGGAUAUAGUCAUUGGUGGAGUCAUGGACGAUACGCCUUAUUUACAGGAUUACUUCACAGACGCCAACAGAGAAGUGCACCGAGAUUUGCAGCAGAACUACAGACUGGAGUAUGGCAAAGAGAACAGUACACACACUGUCCUGGCUUUCAGCAGAGAUCUCCUGACCUGUGACACAAGUGACAAGGACAUCACGGGAAGCACAGUGAGGGUGAUCUGGGCCUACCACAGUGAAGACGUUGGGUCUUCAGGACCGAAGUACCAUGGAGUGAACAGGGGGAGGAAGAGUAUGCGGUUACUCGACCCAGGAAGUAAAGCUAAUAUUCCCUCUGGGACAGUCUCUUUCAACUUGCAAAACAUGAACGUGCCAGUGCCGUUCAAGGACACUACAUACUGGUGUCAAAUAUUUAAGAUCCAAGAGGUGCAGCAGAAGCAUCACAUCGUUAGAAUUGAGCCUUUGAUUGAAAAGGGCCAUGAGAACCUUGUACAUCACAUUUUGUUGUAUCAGUGUGAUAGUCGCUUGAAUGAGAGUGAGCUCUAUUCUGGCCAUGAAUGUUACCAUCCAAAUAUGCCUGACUCCUUUCUCACCUGUGAGACGAUAGUCUUUGCCUGGGCCAUUGGUGGUGAGGGCUUCACCUAUCCACCCCAUGUUGGACUGUCCAUUGGCACAUCGAUAGACCCUGUCUAUGUCCUGAUGGAGGUCCACUAUGACAACCCAGACCUUCAACAAGGAGUGGUGGACAGCUCUGGCCUGCGCCUGUUCUACACCCCAGAGCUGCGUCAGUAUGAUGCGGGCGUGAUUGAGACCGGCGUGUGGGUCAGUCUUUACCACAUGCUGCCGCCAGGGAUGCCAGAGUUCGUCUCGGAGGGACACUGUACGCACGAGUGUCUCCAGGAGUCCCUAGGCCAAGAGAUGCCCAGCGGAGUGAGGGUGUUUGCCAUUCUGAUGCAUGCCCACCUAGCUGGCCGUGCCAUCAGAACCAGACACUUCCGGGACCAGGAGGAGCUGCAGCCCCUGUCACACGACGAGGAGUUUGACUUCAACUUUCAGGAGUUCCAGCUGCUGAAGGACGAGAGGCUUCUCUUGCCUGGUGACAAUUUGAUCACUGAAUGCAAGUACACCACAAAAGGCAGACAAAACAUGACUUGGGGCGGUCUGAGCACCAGGGAUGAGAUGUGUCUCUCCUAUCUGCUCUACUAUCCCAGAGUCAACCUAGCCAGAUGUGAGAGCCUUCCUGAAAUCCACGAGCAGCUUAAAUUCAUCGGAGUCAAAGAGAUCCAGGUUCCUGUCACGACCUGGCCAUUCCUGAUCAAGAGCCCAAAGAAGUACAGCAACCUCUCCUUCACAGAAGCCAUGGACAAGUAUAGGUGGUCCAAGAAAAGAGGGCGGUCCUUCAACGAGAUGGUUUUACAGCUGCCUAUGAAUGUGCGCUGCUCCAAGUGGGGCCAGGACGAGUGGGGGACUCAAGGGAUGAUAGUAUCACCACGGGAGGUGAAGUCCGAAGUCAAGCCUCCCUCCAUGAUGUGCCCAUCUGCCUCGGACCCAAACAGUGGAGUGGUUCUACUACUCUUUACAAUGUGCCUUACAUAUGCCAUAGUCCAGUCCUGUUCAGGCCUCUAGCCUAUAGCCAAGCACUGUAUGAACCACUCGUUCUCUCACACUGGCUGUGAAAGAAGUCCUUUGACUAAAGAAAAAAUUCACAUUCCUGGAAUCUCUCCACGCCGAUAGAUUCAUAAUGUGUGAUUGGGAGGCCUGUUUAAUGCAAAUUCAGUACUUAGACAGCAACAACAGAAUUUUUAGGAUGACUUCUGAACGCUUUGGUCGUCGGAAACACGUUAUUAUAAAGAAAUCUUUCAUCUGAUGGUCUGACAGUAACGUGCUGGGGG